AGGAAACACUGACCAGCACUGAAGUUUGGCUGUUGUUUCUGCAGCUGGUGCAAUCAGAGCAAAGAGAGACACAAGAAACAAAAGACUUCAAUCUAAUGGCCAAACAACCAACAGUUGUCCAGAAUGGGACUGGAUAUAGAAGACUUCAUCUCACCUAGCAUGAUGGAUUCUGGUCUAUCACCUUUUGCAGACUUCCUGGACCUCAACCCCAACAGCUAUAUCAACAAUACCAACAGAAGCUGGAGCAACCAUCCGUAUAGUGGUGAUCUGAGGCUCAACGAAACUGAGACCCUUCAUUACCCGCUCCAUAACGUUCUCCUUGGAGUAUCGUUGGGCCUCUUAUCGCUCCUAACCAUCAUAAUGAACCUACUUGUUCUCUAUGCAGUGAAGAAAGAAAAAACUCUCCACACGGUGGGAAACCUGUACAUUGUUAGCCUGUCAGUGGCAGAUCUGAUUGUGGGAACGACAGUUAUGCCCCUGAACUUAAUGUAUCUGCUGGAGGAUGAGUGGAGUCUUGGGCGAGCGGUGUGCCAGUUCUGGCUGAUCAUGGAUUAUGUGGCCAGCACAGCAUCUAUUUUUAGCUUGUUUAUACUGUGUUUGGAUCGGUACCGCUCAGUCAGACAACCUCUGAAAUACCUAAAGUAUCGAACACGAGGAAAAGCAAGUUUGAUGAUCUCUGGAGCUUGGCUACUUUCAAUGAUGUGGAUAAUUCCUAUUUUAGGAUGGAGGUCGUUCACACAUGUGGACCUUAAACCUGAGGAGGAGAACAAAUGUGACACAGACUUUCGCUUCGUUACGUGGUUCAAGGUGAUAACAGCGGUUUUCAACUUCUAUGUACCCUCAAUUUUGAUGUUGUGGUUUUACACACAUAUCUACUUGGCGGUGAGGCAGCAUCUACGAGACAGAGAGAGAAUCAUUCAUCCAGCAGAUUCAUUUGGAGAAAAUGAAAAUGGAGGCAAUGCCCCAAGCCCUAAAAAAAAUGACUCCAAAUCCCUCGGGAACGAAACAGAGGUUUCCCUCAAACAACUAAAAAAAGACAGACUGUUAGACCAGAACACUCUAGCUCAAACAUAUUCACUUGAAGAUGGUGAGAAACAUAAAUCUGCUUCUUUUAGAUCUCACAAAAAAAUAGGCGUAAAGUCCCAACCGACGUCACUUCUUUCCAUGACAACAAAGCGGCUCAGAAUGGCACGGAGGGGUAAAACAUGCUCCUUGUCGCCUGAAGAGAGACAGCCAGGACCAGAGCUUCCCCUGAGCCAGUCAUCUGUGCCGGAGGAUAUGACAUGCUCAGGUGGAAACAAUGAGAACAAACAUCAAGCCUCUCUCAAUGAAUGUCAUGUCACAGUGACCAACUCUGUGAGUGGAGUCUGCGGUAUCAGUCCAGUGUCAGAUGUGCAGAGGUACACAGAUGUGCUCUGCAACAGCUACGACCCCAGUCAGGCGCUACCUUGGCCCGAGGAAGGAGUUGAGGACACCAAAAUAGACUCUGAUAACGGAGUGACUCUGAAACAAGCAUGGCACAGGUUUAUAGACCAAUCACGACAUCGAAUUCAAAGUCUGAGGAUUCAUAAGGAGCACAAAGCUGCCAAGCAGUUAGGUUUCAUAAUCGCUGCUUUCUUACUGUGUUGGAUUCCUUACUUCAUAGUUUUUAUGGUCAUGGCUUUCUGCCCAGAGUGUGUGCACCACGAUCUUCACAUGUUCACCAUUUGGCUUGGUUACAUCAAUUCCACUCUGAACCCUUUCAUAUACCCACUCUGCAAUGGAAACUUUAAACGUGUUUUCAAAAAUAUUCUCAAGAUCAAUUUGUGACUGAUGUGACUGCAAGAGCAUAGAGUCACACAAAUUCUGAGCUCUUCAAAUGUUACCAAUAAUAAUAACAAUAAGUUGAUGGUCUUGGAUGUUUUUUUUAAUGUUGAUGAAGUAAAAGCAUAUUUUGGGUGGCAGCUUGUUUUGUACAUUAAGUCUCAGAUUUUAUUUUUGUAACUCACAGUUUUACAAAGAGUCUUUUAGAGUAAAAUGUUAUUUAUUUUUGUCUGUUUUGAUGAUGUCAUUGCACUGUGUCCAGAGAUAAAGGAAUUUAUAGGAGCAGAUGUUGGAUUUUCUUAAAGUUCGUUUCUAUUGAGUUAUCAAUACUAAAUGUAUGUUUGCAGUAGACAGAGAAAAAUGUCACAUACGUAAAAACGUAAAGAGAAAGAAGCUGUGAUUACCGAGUAUAAUUAGUGGCUAUGCAGAGCAGAGCCAGCCCAAAAAUGGAUUUUUGCCAACUUAAAUUAAGUCAGUUCCCUAAAAAAGCUCAUGAUAGCACUACUCUCUCCUUUUGUCACACCCAUGCUCAUUAUUAGUCAACGUCUCAAUCCAAUAAAUCAUCUUUUGUUGUAAAAAUGUCACUCGGGAGGAGGCAUUGCUGCAAAGUUGAUCACUCAAUAUAAUUGGAUGGCCUUCCCUAGAUAGGAAGUUCGUUACCAGUUGGCAUGAUAAACUUGGGAAAUAGGAGCUAGUAGUUAACUAAAAAAUAAUUAAAAAUAAAGAAUAUAUUAAGAAAAUCUUUAGUUAUACUGAUUUUAUAGUAUUGGAAAUUAAGUUACAUAUUCCACAAGUUACAUUAGUGGAAUAUUGUGCAACAGCUAUUACAUAUGCAUUGAUUUUAAGGUUUUUUUUCAUAUGUGAGGGUAGAGUGAAUUCCACAGAGCCACUCUUUAAAAAUCAAAAUCAAAAAUAUUCCUUCAAAUGAACAUGAAUUGAGCCAAAAAUAUUUCAAAAUACAAUCCAAACAUGCUCUUAAAAGAAUUAAACCUAUAACUCUGGACUUAUAUACAGUAUAUGUCAAUAAAUCAUUAAAUGACAGCAAGCAUCAAUGACGGUUUUAUUUAUGUGUUUCUAUUCCCAUUCAUAGACAGGAGUAAGACUCCAAGUUGACAGCAAACCACAGUAUUUUUUAUUUAGAGCUGUGUGAAAAUGUUUUAAUUUAUUUUGCAUUUAUUUUGUGUUCUAAAGUUGUUAGAAAUGAAUAACAUGAAACAACAUGACACUUAAG